UGUCCUUUCUUCUGUAGUCUAGCUCGUCAGUAUAAGUCCCACUCCAAACUCUAAAAAGAGAGAAAGGCAGAACUGGAGCAGGGCUCUGCAUAUAUCGACACAACCCCCAACGGAUCUUUCUUUCUCUUUUUCUCUUUCCUCCUCGUGACCUGCUCUACUUCUCCUCUCUUCCUGUCCUUGUGCUAACAAAAAACCCGUUCUUUUUUUUUUUUUUUGGUAUUUUUUUCAUCUGUUUAUCUUUUAUCUCCUCAGCUCAAAUUCUACUUACUCUUGUUGGCUGCCCUUUGCUUUCUCUUAGGUAGGAGUAUUUCUUUUCUUUCCAUUUUCGUCCCUUUUUCCCAAAAGCUAGGCAGCCUACAUAUUUCUGGGUUUUUUUAGUGUUUUGUAAUUCCAUUUGUUUACUAGGUGUUAAAGGAGUUAAGUUUGUUGCAUAGAAUUCUGCUGUUUAUUUGUUUAGUUGUUGCUGUGUGGGGUUUUUAUGGGUUUUUGAAUUUUUCCUUGGAAUUGGAGUCUUGUUUUGUUAAAAAGAAAAAAAUGGUAUGGCAUAUUCCCUUUCAGUUUUUCCUGUAGAUAUUUCUUUAAUUGGGGGGUUCAGUAUUUUAGGUUGUUCUUGUUUACUACUUCAUUCUUAAAGGUUUUGGCUUUUUCCUCCUUUUAUAACUUUUGACUCUUGUACUUCCAGGGGUUUAGGGUUUUGCACUUUUUUGGAGGAAAUAAUUGCUUUUCCAAUUCAGGAACCAGAAAACUUUGAGCUUUUCUUGCAAUUGGGUCUGAGAAUUUACUUCCCAGUUCUUCAAUUUCUGCAAAACCCUUUGUUUCCUCAAAUGAGUUUUCUUUGAAUUCCAAAAAUUUCAUGCCUUUUUUUUUUUUUUAGAUCUGUUGCUUUGUAUUAACCUUGUAAUGAAGGGCAUAAACCUGAAAUUUGAACCUCAGCUGCUGUUAUCUAAUUGCUAAUAUAAUUCUCAAUUUUUCUUUUCUGUAUCGGUGGUUUUUCCUUUCCCAGGUCUUGAGUUUAGUUUUUUGCACAUGAAUUCGAUUCAGUGACAAGAGUAGUAGAACUUGAAUUCCUAUAGAAUUUUCAAGUUUUUUUUUCCUUGAUAUUAUCUACAGAUGUCUUCGUGUUUAAUCGGAGGCGGCAGGGCCUAUGCUUUAGACCUUGAAAUAAUAAAAUCUCCAUCCACUUCAACCAGAACUUCUCACACAUCAUCAUCACCUUCUUCAACCCUUUCUGAAUCCAGCAAUUCCCCACUUGCAAUCUCCACUCGGAAACCCCGAACCCCUCGAAAACGUCCCAACCAAACCUACAAUGAAGCUGCAUCCCUCCUUUCCACUGCCUAUCCCAAUAUAUUUUCCACCAAAAACCUUACAAAACCGCGUAAAUUCACCAAGGCUCAGGACUCUUUCUUCCAUGAAUCUUCUGAAUUGCUGUUGCCUUUCCGCGUAAUUGACGACUCUGGUUUCUUGCUCCUGAAUCAACCAAUCCGAGAAAAAUCCAGUUGCUUAAUUGAGCCCAAAGUCGUGAAUUUUUGUGACAAGUCCUGGCAAAGUAGUAGUGGAGAAGUCAAUUCCCAUGGAGGAGGUGGAGGAGGUUCCAUGGAAAUGGAAUUCAGCACUGAAUUCCAAGAAGAUUUCGAUGCAGAAUCGAUUCUGGAUGAGGAAAUUGAGGAAGGUAUUGACAGCAUUAUGGGAAACCUUAGUGUCAACCAGGACACGUGGGAUGAAUCCAACGGUAGAUGUCAGGGUGCUCAAAUCAGCCAAUUUAGCCAAAAUGGUUCAUGGUAUGGGAAUCCCAUGGGAUUAGGAUUGGGAGGGAAAUAUGAAAUGGGGUUGGGGUUUGGAUUAAGGAGGGGAGUACGAGCAUUGAGACAUGUUGAUGAAGGGAACUGGUGGAAUUUCCCAACUGUAGAUGUGCUACAAAUCUCACCAAAAACCAACACCAAGGCCACCGCAAGAGCUGAGAAAAAGAAAAAGAGGGUGGAGAAACCAAUUGUUGUGGUGGAAGCAAAGAGUUUGGAAAUGCCCAAAGAAAACCCAAAUCGGAAGCCCAAUCCUGGGUUGCAAUUGAAACUGAAUUACGAUGAGGUGGUGAAUGCCUGGUCAGACCGUGGCUGCCCUUUUUCAGAGGAACCUCCAGGGUCUGAAGUUCCUGGAAAUGAUGUCUAUGCCAGGCUGGCGCAGAUUGAUUUAUUCACGGAGGGUGGAGGGGUGAGGGAGGCUAGCGUGCUUCGCUACAAAGAAAAGCGGCGUACGCGCCUCUUCUCCAAGAAGAUCAGGUAUCAAGUCAGAAAAGUCAAUGCUGAUAGACGCCCCAGAAUGAAGGUUUGUUGAAAAUGUUGCAGGGGCGAUUUGUAAGAAGGCCAAAUUCUUCUACCACAAGUGAAGAAAGGUGACAAAGAUUGGGGAACCAAGAAUACAUGCUUUCACUCCAACAUUACCACAUUUAGCUUCCUUUUCCUUUUUUUUUUUUUUUAAUUAUAUUUUGUGAAACUUUUUGCCUUGCACUAAAAGUUUAAGGAUAUAAAGACUAGUUGCAGAGAAAUAAGCCAACAAGCUUUUUUG